AUGCCUCCAAAGACUCACCAAGGUUCCCGCAAGAUCUACCUGCUACCGCUGGAUGACUCUGGAGCUCCAGAUGUGCCCAACCAAUAUGUCUACCUGCCUGCGCCCACCGAGCCGGCCUACUACCUGAGAUUCUCUAUCGAGGGAGCAAGUUCAAUAUGCCGCCAGGGCAGUCUCUGGGUCAACAUCCCCAAGCCGGGGGAACGAUUCGAUCGGAGCCGUUUCCAAGAAUACAAGCUGCACCCUGACUUCAAUCGAACACUCGAGAUUGACAUACCGGUUACCUGCGCUGGUGCGUUCAGCUUCUAUACCACUUAUACUCCUCUUCCGGAGUUUUCACUCGAGCCCACGAAAUCUCCCCAGCCUACACGGACCGAAACCUACUGGAUUGACAUCGAGCCGAAUUUGAGUCUGGCCGGCUCACGGUUGCCCUUGGAUGCUCUGGGGAUAUUCUCCGUUGUAUCCAAAUUCAUGGGCAACUAUCCUGGGGAUUGGGACAAACAUCUGAGAGGCAUCAGCGGCAGAGGCUAUAACAUGGUGCAUUUCACACCUUUACAAGAAAGAGGCGAAUCCAAUUCUCCCUACAGUCUUUAUGAUCAGUUGGCGUUCGACAAAGAACUCUUCCCGGGCGGAGAGAAGGACGUGGCCCGCAUGAUAAAGUCAAUGGAAGAAGAACACGAACUGCUUGGGCUGACUGAUGUCGUCUUCAACCAUACUGCCAAUAAUAGCAAAUGGCUGGAAGAGCACCCAGAGGCAGGCUACAAUGUUGAAACUGCGCCAUGGCUCGAGUCGGCCCUAUGUCUGGACGAUGCUCUCCUCGAAUAUAGUGAUCAGCUCGCAGACUUGGGGAUGCCCACCAAUCUUACCAGCGUCGAAGACCUAGAUCACGUCAUUGCCGGCAUUCAGCCCCAUGUUAUCGACAAGAUUCGUCUAUGGGAAUAUUUUGCAUGCGAUGUUAAAACAGACACGCAGGCUAUACUCGAAGCGUGGAAAAAUGGCAAAACGAAAAUACCUCGCGAAGGCUUCGGGGAUGGUAUUGGUGGUGGCCUUGACUCCCUCAAGUCAUGGUCGCUGUUCCAGAAGGCAGCCUUUCUCAAGGACCAUGGCUUGCUAAAUGGCCUACGGAUCGAUGGCAGAUAUUCUCGUAAGGUCGAUCCUGAGAUUGGCUCAGCUAUGCUCACGGCUUUGCACGGCCGGUACGACGAGGGAUCGGAUUUCGCGUCUGCCGAAGAGGAAGUAAAAGCCAUUCUUAACGAGCUCAAUCUCCCUUUCUAUCGCGAAUAUGAUGACGACGUCGCUGCCAUCAAGGACCAGGUCAAAGGUCGACUUCAAUACACCCGACUCGAUGCGAACGGUCCUAGGUUGGGCCCCAUCACCAAGGAAAACCCCCUGAUCGAAACGUAUUUCGCUCGGCUGCCGUUGAAUGACACGACAAAGAAACACAAGCCUGAAGUCUUGUCACUGGCCGUCAAUGGAUGGAUUUGGGCUGCGGAUGCUAUGAAAGACAAUGCCGGUCCUGACUGGAGGCCUUAUCUUCGCAGGGAACUCAUUCCAUGGAGUGAUUGCGUCAAGUUGCGAUACGGCAAAGGCCCUGAAGACAGCCCUUUCCUGUGGGAGCACAUGACUAAAUACGUACAAUUGAUGGCAAAGUAUUUUACUGCCUUCCGGAUCGACAACUGCCACUCGACUCCCAUUCACGUGGCUGAAUAUUUGCUUGAUCGGGCCCGAGAGGUCCAGCCAAAUCUGGCAGUGUUUGCAGAAUUGUUCACCGGCAAUGAGCAGAUGGAUUAUCUGUUUGUCAAACGACUUGGCCUGAGUGCGUUGAUCCGCGAAGCCAUGCAGGCGUGGAGCACACAGGAAUUGAGCCGGAUUGUCCACCGACAUUGCGGUCGCCCAAUCGGCAGUUUCGAGCUGAAUGUUCCUCAGCGUGCCAGGAAACCAGUCAACAACCUGCUCAAUGGAACUAACGGCAGCACACCCAAAACUCAAGAGGUUGUUAUGCACAUUCGUGAAAGCCCUGUGCAUGCUUUGUUCAUGGAUUGCACUCACGACAACGAGAUGCCUGCACAGAAGAGAGACGCCAGAGAUACCCUGCCUACGGCCGCUCUUGUGAACAUGUGCGCUUGUGCUACCGGCAGUGUCAUGGGCUUCGAUGAGAUCUACCCGAAAUUAGUCGAGAUUGUCCACGAGAAGCGGACGUAUGCGUCCAUCAGUUCUGAAGGUGAGGUUCAGGUGGGUCCUGGGGAAGGGGGUAUCGCAGGGGUCAAAAAGCUGCUGAACCAAAUUCACACGAUGAUGGGCAAGGACGGUUAUGAUGAGACCUUCUUGCACCAUGAGGGUGAGAUAAUUACCCUCCAUCGUGUUCAUCCAGACUCUCGCAAGGGUUACUUCCUCAUUGCGCACACCGCGUUUCCAGGCUCUGGCAAUGGAAACGGUGGCUUGAGCCCUGUCCACCUUUCCGGUACCAAAGCACGACAACUUGGUGCUUGGGUACUGGAGGUUGAUCAGAGCGAGGCUGCGAAAAAGGCUGCGUUGGAAGACGAGCGUGAGCUUGUGGGCCUUCCAUCCCGAGUGCGGAAGAUCAAAGGUGCCACAGUACAACAUGAAGACGGCGACACGAUCAUUCAAGUAGAUGAUUUCUUCCCGCCUGGAUCUAUCUGCCUGUUUGAGACUUGGGUUCCAUCUGCAGAGCAUUCGCUUGGUCUCAACAGGUUUUUAGCCAGCGGGACUGAGGAGGCUUUCGGAGAACUCGACUUGAUUGAUCUUAACUUCGCUUUGUAUCGAUGUGAUGCAGAAGAGCGCGACUCCAGUAAUGGACAGGACGGCGUUUACAACAUUCCCGGUCACGGGCCACUUGUUUAUGCCGGCCUUCAAGGCUGGUGGAGUGUAGUCGAGCCCAUUGUCCGAAAGAACGAUCUCGGCCACCCUCUCUGCAAUCAUUUACGUCAAGGGCAAUGGGCGCUGGAUUUCAUCGUUGGUCGAAUGGAAAGAAUAUCCAAGCAGGAAGGCUAUUCUCGGCUGCACAAGCCGGCGAAAUGGCUGAGAGAGCGGUUCGAUGCCUGCCGAGAGAUUCCGAGCUACUUGCUACCCCGUUAUUUCGCAAUGGUCAUCCAGAUCGCCUACGACGCCGCGUUUAAGAGAGGCAUUGAAUUAAUGAGCCCAAAUAUCCGAAGAGGUCAAGACUUCGUGCAGAGUCUGGCCAUGGUCAGCGUUCAACAGACAGGCUAUGUCAAGUCUGCAUCACUGUGGCCGACCAGAAGUGUGCCUUCUCUUGCCGCUGGCCUACCUCACUUUUCGGUCUCAUGGGCAAGAUGCUGGGGUCGGGAUGUUUUCAUCUCUCUCCGAGGUCUGUACUUGUGUACCGGUCGGUUUGAAGAGGCCAAAGAGCACAUCAAAGCCUUUGGAAGUGUCUUGAAGCACGGCCUAAUCCCGAAUCUUCUAAGUAGUGGGGCUGCCCCGAGAUACAAUUCUCGAGACUCACCGUGGUUCUUCCUCCAGAACAUCCAAGACUACUGCAAGCUUGCUCCCAAUGGACUGUCAAUUCUUCAGGAGAAGGUUCCUCGACGAUUCCUUCCAUAUGACGACACGUGGUUUCCUCAUGACGAUCCCCGAGCGUAUUCGAAAGAAUCAACCGUGGAAGAUAUUAUUCAGGAAAUCUUCCAACGACACGCUUUUGGGUUGUCCUUCCGCGAGCACAAUGCUGGGCCGAAUUUGGAUAUGCAAAUGAAGCCAGAAGGAUUCCAGAUCGACGUGCACGUCGACUGGAAUACUGGUAUCAUCUUUGGAGGCAGCCAAUUCAAUUGUGGCACUUGGAUGGAUAAGAUGGGCGAGAGCGAACGAGCUGGGAGUAAAGGAGUUCCUGGUACUCCCCGUGAUGGUGCUGCCGUCGAGAUUACAGGCCUUUCGUACAGUGCUUUGAAAUGGGUAGCGGAGCUUCACAAGGCCGGGAAAUAUCAGUAUUCAGGUGUCGAGACCGACUCAGGGGAGAGGAUUACCUUUCAAGAUUGGGCGGAUCGCAUCAAGGCGAACUUCGAAAAGUGUUACUGGGUUCCAGUCGACCCCAAGGACGAUGUUGAAGAGGACAUCGACCCCAAGAUUAUCAAUCGUCGGGGUAUCUACAAAGAUUUGUACCGAUCAGGCAAGGAGUAUGAGGACUAUCAAUUGCGACCCAACUUCCCUAUUGCGAUGGUGGUGGCUCCCGAUCUGUUUACACAAGAAAGAGCUUUACGAGCGCUGAAGAUGUGUGAUGAUGUCCUUCGGGGCCCGACGGGCAUGCGUACCCUUGAUCCUACUGAUCUGAAUUAUCGACCUUACUACGUCAACUCUGAGGAUUCCACUGAUUUCGCGACCUCAAAGGGGCGAAACUAUCAUCAAGGACCGGAGUGGCUGUGGCCGACAGGAUUUUUCUUGCGAGCAUUGUUGAUGUUCGACCUGAAGCGAAGGCACACAGCAGAGGAGAGAAUAGAAUCGUUUCAACAGGUGACCCAGCGGAUGGCAGGAUGCAAACAAGCCAUCAAGGACAGCCCAUGGAAGGGAUUGACGGAACUGACCAACAAGGAUGGGUCUUUUUGCGGCGAUUCGUCACCUACCCAAGCGUGGUCUGCGGGAUGUCUGCUAGACUUGUUUCAAGAUGCAUCUGUGUUGGCACCAGAGGUGAAUGGCUCAUGA